AUGCCUGAACGAUUGUUUUCUAUUCUAGAUUGGUAUCACACAAAACGUCGUAAUCGUCUUAAUUCAUUUACACUUGAAGCAAUUGCUAAAAUACAUACAUUUUACAAAAAUGGAUUGAACAGUACUGAAGAUGCCUUGGAUGCUGAUUAUUUGAAAGAAAUAUUAGAUUUAACGGAUGAAUCAUAUACAAGUUCGGGUAUUACUGAUGAAUCAAAUUAUUCUUCUACAGAUGCUGCUGAUUUCGUACAAUGUGUUAGUGAUGAUCAUCAUGUUUUAUGUACAAAAUGUGAAGCGGAAUCUAUUAAUGAAGAACAAUCUUUUGACGAUGAAGAUGUUUCAGAACUCGAUUCUAUGUUCAAUACUAAAGAUCGAGAUUAUCAAUAA